UAGUAGCUCGUGCCCGAGUCGUGGGAAGAUAGAGUUGAUAUUAUUAUACAUGUGCUAUUUGAUCACAUGCAGAGAAUGAUUGAUGGGGCACUUCGAAUAAUUCGAAUUCCUCAGCUAUUCCUCAGUAUUCAAGUCCUGUUUUCCUAGGUGCUGCUUCCCAGAAUGGUUCGAGCGUGGUAUAUGGAUUCGUCUGCUGACGAUCAGCGACUACCGCACCAAUGUGAGCCGCCGAAACCUGUCGCACUUGACGAGCUGAGGGAUCUGACUGGGGUUCUACAUUGGCAGAUUGACGCUGAUCGCUAUGAGGAGGAGGGCAAGCUAGCAGGGAUUCAGAAAGAGCGUGGCUAUUCAUACACAGAUGUCAUCACUGUGUCACCGGAGAAGCUGCAGAAUUAUGAAGAAAAGAUCAAGAACUUCUUUGAGGAGCACCUGCACAGCGACGAGGAAAUCCGCUUUGUAAUGGAUGGCAGCGGUUACUUUGAUGUGCGGGACAAGCACGAUCAGUGGAUCCGCAUUGAGUGCGUCAAGGGCGAUAUGAUUAUCCUCCCAGCAGGAAUGUACCACCGGUUUACAUUGGAUGAAAAGAACUUUAUCAAAGCCAUGCGUCUGUUUGUCGGUGAACCUGUCUGGACACCCAUCAAUCGGCCCUGUGACGAACAUCCGGCCCGCUUGGGCUACCUCAAGUCUCUCGCUUAACCUCAGCUUUGCUCCGCUUCCGAAUUUUACUGUGCCGCUGCUCCAGCUGGCUCGCCAUGGCCGAUAGUAGCUCCAGUGUUUUUGCUUUGAGGGCCCGCACAGCGUGCUAUAUCUGUAGCUUUCGUUACCUCCUUUCUUCUCUCCUUUUUUGUAAGACUCUCAUGAAACUCACUCGCCGUGACCCAGUAUGCAUUGAAAUUACUGCAAAACUCUGUCAACUGAUACUUAGGAAGUCACUCAUGAAACUAGUCAGGUAGCACAUGCUGGCCAUGCAAUGCCGCCAAUAGAAAGUAACAUGCUGUUACAGUUUACAAGGAUCAAAUCAGACAUGUGUGACAUUCGCACGGGCGGUUUUCUCAUAUUUGCUGGUCUUAUAUGGGCAAUAUUUGUGCAGUGCACCAUGCCUUUCAGACGCUCAAUUUUGACAGUCUUUGUACUUCAGCUUUCUCGAUCACUGUGAGUUACGCUAUGCUGUUGGGUACUUAACUCUGCGCUUCUUUUGAUCAAAUUUGAACAGCAAGCUUUACCGGGGGGUUACCUCUGAAUUAAAUUAUUUGGUUUUAUGUUCCACUGAAGCACUGGACGUAUAUACGAUGUA